AUGUCCUACAAUUAUUCCCAAGUGAUAGAUACUGCAACCCACGAUGCACAUCAUAUAUUUAAUGAAUUUGCAACAAAUCCACAGAUUUCAGUUCAUUGUUUCGAUCAAGGAGUCGGAUUAAAAUUACGUGACCAGAUUAAUUACAUAUUUUUCCUAGAUAGACAUUUAAGCGCGCAACAAUCACUUAAUGUAGGCACAGUAUUCGAAAAUAUAACAAAAUACGCUGAUUAUUCAAAAAGAGAAUCGCAUAAAUUUCUUCUCCUUUGCUUAAUUAUCGAUGUAUUUACCACACGCGAUCAUGACUCAAGAGUGGAGGCAUUUUGGCCUCACUUUUAUAAGCUUUUAUUUGAAAUUAAGGACAUUAGAUCAUUUCUUUUAAUCUCAGGGACAAAAUCAAUUUCUCAUUUUCUAUUAUCAAAUCCGAGUCGAGUUAUUGAUUUCUUUGACGUAUACGAAAAGCAAAGAAAUUCAAAUCCUACAAUACAAUUGCUGGCAAAUUUGAAAUUACCAAAGGAUUUGAGUAACGAUCAAUGUGUUGCCAUUGCCACCAAGACAUGCAGUAUUCUCAAUGUUUCUCUUCAAGGAAUAUCCAUGGACUUGAUCAAAACGGCUUUACUUAACAUUUUAUCACAGAUUAAAAUAGAAAACGAAAGUGAUAUAGAAAGUAUAGUUCAAGGUCCUUGCGUUUUCAAGAGUCCAAUAGCCAAAAUUUUAUCUUCAGCGCUUUAUAUUACAUUACCUAACUACGCCAAUGCAAUUUCUCAACGGAUUGCUGACUUUAUGCAGUUCGCUUCUACAUCAGAAUGUCUGAAACAGACGUUUUGUGUCAUAGAAAACUUUUUCAAUUCGAUUCAACAAUUAUCUGACGACAGAGUUGAAGAAUUCACGAAUAUUUUAACGACAUUCGUUCACAGUAUACCUCUUACCCUCAUACAAACUGAAAAUGCGAGACAAAGAGCCGCAUUUUUCAUAAAACAUUUGUAUGAUUUGAACAAAGACCUCGCUAGGAACGUUAUACGCGAUUAUUUACAGAAAGGAAAGAUCAGUCCUGACAUUCUCGACGUCAUUGAUGCUUAUCCUUAUGAUAUUAAUGAUAUUAUAUCUGAUGACAUUGUAGUUAUCACUCCAACGCUUGACAAUUUACUUAAGUCAUGGGAUAGAUCGUUUAUGAAUGAGAAAUCCAUAUCUUUUCCCCAUAUGAUUGCAAAAUAUUGUAAAAAAGCAACAGAAAUCCUUAAAACAGUGGAAAGAUUGGAUGAUGCAGAUGCUCUUAAAGCUAUUGUUAAUAAGCAAACGAAUAAAGUUGAAGAUGCAAUUAAUAAUAUUCCAUUUGAAAUGCUACAAACGAUGUGUAUUGUAGCUACUUAUUAUCAGAACCCUGAUAUAAGAGUUGCAGCUUACGAAUUAUUGGUCGCUGUUGGAGAUAUGUUCAUGUCCGCAAAUACUGACUGGAAAGACUACGAUCAGGACUCACAGCAGUUCAUAAUUAGGUUUAACUCGGACUAUAACUACAUUUCCAAGCGAGUUUAUGGCAAACCUCGCGAUAUCAAAACAUUAUUAUCCGAAAAUGAGGACUGUAGAAUCGAGGCAGCCUCAUACAUGUACAAGAAAAUGGCUGGAACGAGUCAUCCACUUGCUGUUAUGGUCUUUGAGAAGCUUAUGAGCUAUGCUUUGAAAAUGCCAUACUAUUUCGAAGCCGUAAUGUCAAUGUAUUCAAGGGAAAUCAGUGAUAUGAUGGAAGGCAAUUUCGUUGAAUCCGAGGAUUUGCUCAGAUUACUUGUAGAAAACAAUUGUUUGAAUUAUAUUGCAAAAAUGUCUGCAUCAGGAGUUCCUCUCUUUGUCCCAGCGAUUGAUUUCACUAUGCCUGUUGACAAACUCGCGAAAAUUCUUAGAUACGUCACUCAGGCUUGCGUAGAUGGAGUCAAAAAUUAUUAUGCGUCCACAGGAAAGCAGUUUAUUGAAAAGUUAUUGGGAUUGUUCCUUCAAAGACCUGAAAUAACUAACUUAGAUGACUACGCGAUUUGUCUUGGAAAUAUAUCUCAGUUAAUUAACCUUGGAAAAGCCGAAAAAACUCCUAUGCUUAUGGAUAUUUACAUCAUUGUUUCAACAGCGAUUCAAAAAGAUGUAAAACAUCAGAAUAUUCAACUUCUUGAAGCAAUUUAUCGGAUUUUGCUUUGCCUUGCGAAGAAUUCUGUAUCAACAAUCCAAACAAUAUCAUUCCUUAGUGAUACUGCCAAUUACCAAUUGGCUUUUAACGCAAUUUCCGAAAUAUUAAAACUAAAUGAAAGCCAAAUUUCUCAGACAUUGGUAUCGCAAUUGCUUUCUACAAUACCAAUACCCACAAUUGAUGCUAUUUUGAAGGCAAAAUCAAGCAUUGUUAGCGAAUCUGUUCUAUUUUUCAAUGUUUUACUAUCAAACUUAGAACAGAAAUCAACGGUAUCGUACUUAAAUGAUUAUAUGAAGGCCAAACAUGCUGAUAUGUAUGAAGAAUUCUCUAAUUGUCCAAAUCAAGCGGAAUUUCUCAUCCAAAAGUUCCCAGAUUACCACAAAGCUUAUUUCAACUGCAUUGAAGCAAUGAGACAUGAAAAUCCAAACGACGUUUUGCUUCUUUCUCUGUUAAGAAUCUCUACUUUGUUAUUAACUACAAUUUCUGAUGUAGAAAAACAAAGUUUAUUCGUAGCAGUUAAACUUGCAAACAAAGUCUCUCAAAGUCAUCUCAAUUUCACAAAUUCAGCAAGAAAUUUGUGGAUUGCUGUAACUCUUACUGAAAAGAGGGCAAAAUUAACACUCAAAUUGUUAUUCAAGCUUGAAGAUUCCCAAACAAGUAUCAAUGCUGCAUUCCAAGCAUGUGGAAAUGAAAUUAAACCAUCUGUCAUUAAAUAUUGUGUCAAAAAGUUGGUCCAACUCAUUUUACAAGAGAGAAUCGCUAUUGUUGACCUUGUAACAAUGAAUAAGAUCUUCAAAUUAUUGGCAACAACAGAAAUGACACCAAAAUUACUUGCAUUCUGCGGAAUUUUCCUGUUUUCGGAGAUUGUUCCUUUAUCUGAUACAGCGAAGAAGAGGAUCUGCUCCGAAGUCGAAGAAUACGACCUUGAAUAUACGAAUAUCCAAUUAUUAGAAGCAAUUUUGAUCAGAUUUGGCCGAGAUUUCUCAACAGAAGCGAAGAAAUUUGCUGUAGGACUGAUAGUUAAAGUCAGAGAUUCAGAAUAUUUCCGAUCAUUGAUUUUCGACAUUUUAAUUUCAGUCAAUCUCUACACCAGCAACGAAUUCGAUGCUCAGUUGAUGCUUAUCUCCGAUGCCAUUCAUGGUAGAUUCACAAAUACGAAUGAUUUCGACAAAUUCUUCUGUACUUUGUUCAAUGUCAUUUCGGAUGUGACUUCCGUGCAUCAUAUCAAGAAGGAAAUUGUUUCCAAGUUCAUGAAUUACUCGGUCGGAUACAUCGAUUUCGGAUUUGUCCACGUAAACGAAGCGAUUGCUCAAAUGUUCAUUACUUUGGCAAGGAAUGGAUACGUUGACGAUUCAAACCAAGAAUUCCUUGAAGAAGCAAUUAAAUUACUGUUCUACGGAGACAGAAUUUACACGAUGUUGACAUCUUCCAUCAUUUCUAAGAUAAAUCCGGAGUUGCUGAAGACAGAAUUCGCUAGAACAUGGUUAGCGAUAUUAAACGGAAACGGAUCUCUUGGAGAUGAAAAGAUGAACAAAGACAUGGUCAAUAAUUUGUUCAGGGCUUCAAUUUUCGGAGAAUUCAUCGUUAGAAAGAAAUUGUCAAUCAUGUUCAAGGCGAAACAAGGAAACUUCAGUACAAAAAGAGAUGGAUUCAUCUGGAAAUACGCAAACUUCUUGUUGUAUUCUAAUGAAGUUCCUGCUCAAAAUGCUGAAGAAUUGUUCUUGGCAAUCAAAAACGGGUUUGGAAAUGUUCCUGUGUUGAAGGAUCCGAAGGUUCCAACAUACAAGAACAAGACAUCUAAUAGCCUUAUGUAG